ACCGUGUGACAAGCAACAAGGAAAGUGAAGUUAAGAAAAACAAAAACAAACAAACAUUGCUAAGGCAUUUGAAUAACGGACAAUCAUUCAAGCAAAGUGAGCAAAAUGACGAAGAGAACACCAGCGAAAACAUCCGCCAAGGCGGAAGAAUCAAGUGUCACCGAAGAAAUUGACUCGCUAAUGCAUAACCGUGGAACGGCUUUGCGGGUAAUCAGCAGAAUUAAAGAUACAAUCACGGUUGCGAGAAUGGAGCAAACAGAGUUAACACUAGCGCAAAUCAAGGUGUAUAAAAGCAACGCAGAAAAUGCUCACAGCAACUUCAUGAAAUGGCAUCAGGAAAUAAUUACCAAACUCCCAUCCGACAAACGGCAAGAGCAGGACCAACAGCACAUCUCGUUUUGCGAUCUAUAUGAUGAAGUGGCCAUCCAUCUGCAAACAUGUAUGGAGAACAUAAAUGCAUUCACCGCACCGCAGCUUCACAAUAUCCAACAGCCGGUCGUAGUUCAACAACCACUCCCUCGGGUCGUACCAACUUUCGAUGGACAGUUCGAAAAUUGGGAAAAAUUCAAGGUUAUGUUCAAAGACAUAAUCGAUAGAAGCAAUGAGUUACCACGCAUCAAACUCUACCAUCUAGAGAAGGCACUCAUUGGAGAUGCAGCCGGACUGAUCGAUGCAAAAACGAUCAGUGACGGUAAUUAUGAGUAUGCUUGGAAAAUUUUGGAGGAGCGAUAUGCGGACAAGCGGCGGCUGAUUGAUCGACAUCUUGAAGGCAUUCUAGAAGUAAAGCGCAUGGUGAACGAGAACCACAUCGAACUUCAAGGAAUAAUAGAAAAAUUCGACUCCCAUAUUGAAAAUUUAAAACACUUGGGGCAAGAACUCACUGGAGUGUCGGAAAGCCUUGUUGUAUUUCUCAUUUCACGCGCUCUGGACGGUAAUACACGAAAGCUGUGGGAAUCGACGAUGAAAAAAGGUGAGUUGCCCACAUAUCAUCGAACAAUUAUCUUUCUCAAGGAACACGCUUCGGUUCUUGAGAGAUGCCGGAAAUCUACUACGCAUUCCGAACCUCAACGUGCUACUGUGAAAUCAUCAUCAUUAAGAGCAAAUGCAGCAACGUCAACAUUGCCAACAAAUAGUUGUGAGUUCUGUAGCAGCAAGCAUUAUUCGUUCCAGUGCCCAGAAUUUAAUGGGCUUCCGGUGAAGCAGCGUCAUGAAAAAGUAAAACAGCAAAACGUGUGCUUCAAUUGUUUGCGAAGCGGACAUCGGGCAACUAAUUGCCCAUCUAAGAAGACUUGUUCGAAAUGUCAACGGAAACACCAUACAUUACUACAUCAGGAAGGACACAUCACAACCUUCGAGACUCCCCAGGACAACACUCCAGUCAACGCUUCUCAUUCCAGAGUUCCAGUAAAACCACAGCUUCAGACAAGUCAGGUGUUAUUACUGACUGCUCUAGUCGACAUCAUUGAUCGUGACGAACAUCCUCAUCAAUGCAGAGCCCUUAUCGAUAGCGGUUCACAGGUCAUAACCAAAUCCAUGGCUACAGAUUUAAACAUUCAGGUAGAAGAAGUGAAUAUUCCUAUUUCGGGUAUUGGUAGCACAAGAACCACUCUCAAGGAGAAAGCAAUUGUGCAAGAAUUGAUCUCGCUGAUCCUCUUUUCCAUCAAUCUGGCCCAAUCGACUUAUUAA